GCCUCGCGCGCAUGGCGGGCGCCGGGCGGGGUCCGUCCGCGCCCUGCUGGUCGCCGCCGUCGGCGCGGCGGCGUCCCUGCAGCUCGUCGGGCGGGCCUUCGCCGGGGCGCAGCCCGGCCUGUCGCGAAGACACCCGACGCGGACCGCACGGAGCGCAGUCGGCGAGAUCACGGGCCUCUGCCGCGGCAACGGCACGUGGGACGUGCCCAAGACCAUCGCGGUCGAGACGGAGGCUGACAUGGCCGCCGCCGGCAAGGCGUGGGCGAUUUUCAAGGACAAGUACAAGAAGGCUUCCGAGUCGGGCAUCUUCAUCGACACCCCGGUCGGUGAGGACGAUGUCAAGUACCGGUUCCUGCGCCUGAAGGAGUACAUGAAGCUCACACCCGACAAGGCCAUCGAGCUGAUGAACGUUGACUGCAUGCCGCUCGUGGUGGACUCCGACUUCACCCAGGGCACGUUCGACGCGAUGGUGCGCGGCUCCACCUACGACGAGGCCGUCGACGUUGUCUUCAACAACCCGCCGGUCCUGACAGCCAGGACGGCGGCCUGA